AUGUCAUAUUCUCUUCCUUAUUAUCGGGAUGCUGCUCAAUUACCGGGGCCUCUUCCUGAUCAGGAUGAGAUUGAACAGGCAACACAAACCCUCCCCAAGAGAUCAGAUUAUGGUGGGCGCCUGGUCGUAAUCAGAGACAAGUAUGUCGUGAAGUACGGCCCGCUUGUGACAGAAAAUGAGGGAUAUGCUCUUCUUUUUGUCGAAAGCCGACUCAAUAUCGCAGCGCCACGACUUUACGCCAUGUACUACAAUCAGGACACUCUGUAUAUCGUGAUGGAAUACAUCCCUAGCGUUUCUCUAGGGAUGGCGUGGCCCUCGCUUACUGAGAAAAAUAAAACUUCAAUUGUUGGACAAUUGCGAUGUAUCUUUGAUCAAAUGAGAGCUCUACCACCCCCAGGAUUUUACGGCAGUGUUAAUGGAGGACCCGUUCCCCAUAGGUAUUUCUAUUCUCGUGAAAAUGACCCUGCAGUUACCGGCCCUUUUCAAACGGAAGAAGAAUUCGGAAAGGCCAUCGUACUUCGCUCACAAGCUAUGUGGAGCGAAUCAAAUAGGCACAGCUUUCUCUCCGACUAUCUCGCUCGCCAUCUCCCAUUGGUACUUCGUGAUCAUCCGCCUAUGUUCACCCAUGGAGAUAUCUACAGAGAGAAUGUUCUUGUCAGAAAGAUCGUUAAUCCCAUCACAAAUGAUGAAGAGGAAGAGUAUAAAGUAGCUGCUCUUGUGGACUGGGAAACGGCUGGAUGGUAUCCUUCGUAUUGGGAGUACGCUCAUAUCUUCCCCCUAUUGCAAUGGAUUGACGACUGGCCGGCAUAUGUUGAGAAGAUCAUUGACCCCUUGCCGCUGGAGGGCGCCAUGAUGCGGGUUGUCUUUAGUGACCUGGAGUUCUGA